AUGGCUUCACUCAUUCCUCGGUUUAUUGUGUUGAGAUCAAACGGUGACAAGUAUUUGCGUUACGUUACAGAAGAAGGAAGGUAUUUGCGUUACGUGAAAUGCGAUGGAAAUGAUAUUCUUGAUCCUCAAUCGAAGUUUCGAGUUGAAAGAUCGAGUAGCAACCGCGAUUUAGUCCACAUAAGAUGCUGUUACAACAACAAGUACCUCGGUCGCAUUAGAGAAGGGUCGGUUUAUGUCGGCGCAGCAAUUGAUGCGGCGGAGGAAAACCGAUCCAAAUGGUCAUGCACGCUGUUUAAACCCAUGCUCAGGGAUGGCGUAACGUAUCGGUUCCAGCACGUUCAAAGCGGAAACAAUCUCUGCCAAUUGCGAACAGGGGGCGACGCUAAUAAUCACUGCUUAGUUGUCCGAUGGUCUGACUUGGACAAAAGUGGAUGGGAUCUCUUCUCAUUCACCAACUGGGAAUCACUCGUGAUACUGCCCAAAUAUAUAGUUUUCAAGGGAGACAACGGCAAGUAUUUACAGUACCGCGGUGAGUCUAUUUUCAACCAACUGGAAUUUGUGUGUGAUGAUGUUGGCGCUAUAAAAGUUUCGAACCAAACAGUUGCUAAUUCCGAUGGCAGCGUCAGUAUAAAGCUCGAUCAUAAUAACAAUUUCUGGGAGGAAACUUCAACUACGAUAUUUCCAUUGGCAGUAAACCAGAAUGCAAGAACAUCAUUUGGGCCAGUAAAACUUGCGCCAGUUGAAGGGAAAAACAACAUUGUUGCUCUCAGAAGUUUAAGCAACAACAGAUUUUGCCGUCGAACCAAUGAAGUGUUGGGCACAUUCAAUUAUCUGGCAGCUCCAUCCUGGGCCACAACUAUAGAUAGACAGGCAAAUCUACAGGUCGAAGAGCCAAUACUGAGUCGGGAAGUUUACGAUGUUAAUUUCCGUCUGGGUGACCUGAGGGUAUACAACGAACAAACUCUAAUUCUGGCAACAGAUGAAACUAGCAACAGUACAGAUACCGUAAUGGAAGAUUCUGAAAUUGAUCUGCAUUAUGAAGACACACAAACUAGCAGUUUUAUUAACAGCCAAUCGGUAACAACCGGUUUUGAAAUGACAUUCGGAGCCCACAUUCCGCUGCUUCGAGGCAUAUUUUCGGUUGGAAUAUCGUCUAGCUAUUCCGUAGAGUACGGGAAUACAUACAAAUGGGGGGACGAAAAGUCGAGGACCAACCAAUUAUCUGCUAACAUAAAAUUUGUAGUGCCUCCCAGCACAAAAGUAACUGUAACUCUGGUCGCCACCAAGGCAUUUUGUGAUGUUCCCUUUUCUUAUGCUCAACGAGACACUCUUACCAGUGGCCAACAGUUUACUUAUGUUAACGACGACGGAGUUUAUAGUGGCAGCAAUUACUUUGGAUUCAACUUUGUCGUCAAGGAGGAGCCACUUCCGGCCGGUGCAGUCGGAAUUUUCCGGUUCCAAAACUGCCUGAUACAAUUCAAGUGGCAGUUUAGGGCCGGUUCAAGUAUUUCUCGAACUGUGGCCAAUUCUACAUGCAUAAUGCGGGAGUUUUUCAUGAUAUUCAAGCCAUUUGGAAGACAUUGGGAUCAUAAUUGA